CAAACUAGCGAGGAUGGGGUGGGGGUUGGGGAGGGAAGGAAAGGGGGGGAGAGAAGCGAUCGCGAGAAAAAAAAAAUGCAACCUCCCAAAAUAAAGAGCAAAGAUUGCAUUAGGAGCGAACAGCGCUGCAGAAAUAGAUGGCAGCUUCGUAUCAUUGACUGAAACAAAACAAAACAAAAGGGCCACUGGAUGUCUGCCUUCUUGGGGGGUGAGCCAGACAGACUGACAAACAAACAGACCCAACUGUGUUCGGGGGAGGGUUUCUCCUCCGGUUUUGCCCGGCAGCAGCAACAUGGACGUGUUGGCUAGUUAUAGUAUAUUCCAGGAGCUACAACUUGUCCACGACACCGGCUACUUCUCAGCUUUGCCAUCCCUGGAGGAGACCUGGCAGCAGACAUGCCUUGAAUUGGAACGCUACCUGCAGACGGAGCCCAGGAGGAUCUCGGAGACCUUCGGUGAGGACUUGGACUGUUUCCUCCGUGCUUCUCCUCCCCCGUGCAUCGAGGAAAGCUUCCGGCGCUUAGACCCCCUGCUGCUCCCCGUGGAAGCGACCAUCUGCGAGAAGAGCUCGGCCGUGGACAUUCUGCUCUCUCGGGACAAGUUGCUAUCUGAGACCUGCCUCAGCCUCCAGCCAACCAGCUCUUCUCUAGACAGCUACACAGCCGUCAACCAGGCCCAGCUCAACGCAGUGACCUCAUUAACGCCCCCAUCGUCCCCUGAGCUCAGCCGCCAUCUGGUGAAAACCUCACAGACUCUCUCAGCCGUGGACGGCACAGUGACGUUGAAACUGGUGGCCAAGAAGGCUGCGCUCGGCUCAGUCAAGGUGGGAGGGGUGGCAACAGCAGCGGCAGCCGUGGCAGCAGCUGGGACAGUUAAGAGUGGACACAGCGACAGUGAGCAAGGAGGGGUAGGGGCUGAGGCGUGCCCCGAAAACAAGAAGAGGGUUCAUCGCUGUCAGUUUAACGGGUGCCGGAAAGUUUAUACAAAAAGCUCCCACUUAAAGGCCCACCAGAGGACUCACACAGGAGCCUCUUCAUGGAAUUUCAGGAAUCUGCAGGCAAGUAGGCAGACAAGACGGGGGGAGCUGUUCGAAGCUGGAGCAGCAUUCUCCACUUCCCACUCAUUCCCUUCCCCCUGCUACCAGAUUUUCUACAUUUUCUAAGAGUAACCUAUUUUCAGCCAUUUGAAAAAAUAAUAUAUUGAAUGUUAAUAGAAGCAAGACCAUUCAAAAUAAUCAGAAGGGUAGUGGCUUUUUAAUGUGCUGGCUAUUUGGGCCACCAGUGACAGAGUCACUGCCCAUUUCUGCAGUGUCCCCAUAUUUGGUUGCCAGUGUAAGGACCUGCCUCGCUUAUAUAAUGGAGGUCAGCCCAUUUAAAUUAUUUAAGGGUGUCUGCAGAGAGAAUAUGCUUUCCUUGGUCUUUCCCAUAUUUCUCUUCACUUUGCCUCCUCCUUUACCAUCUAUGCUUAUUGAGGUAGGUGAGUUGGUCACAGAUGCAGGAUUGGACCCAAUAAGAUUUUACAGGUAGAAGACUAGGGCACCCCAUUACUAGUUCCUUAUGGAGCCUAGGUCCAGCUUUGUCUUAAACCAGGCCUGCUUGACAGACUUUCUUCCUUUUUGAGCCUUGGGUCUUUUCCUCUCUUCCCUUCAAAAGUUAUCUGCAUUCAGGUUAGAUUCCUUUUAUUUUAUUUGAAAAAUAAAUAGAACUUAUAAUUUAAAAUUCAUUUUCUGUAAGUCACUCAUCUGCUUUCAGCAGACAUAUACUUUAAGCUUCUUUUGUUGUUUCUGUCUUUAGAGUGUAUCUUCUCUCCGUUACUGUAAUUGACAUUUAAUUUAUGGAGUUCAGUAAAGUGAAAAUUCCCUGUUUUAGAAACAGGUUUGACAUUUAAUUUAUGGAGUUCAGCAUUGUGCAUACUGUUGUCAAACAAGGUAAAAUUUUUUUAAAUCCCAAAUUUAUUGGGAUAGAAUAGUUUGAACCAUUUCACUAGUGAGCUAGAGCUGACAAAAGCCAUCAAUCCUUUGGUGGUGGGCAGGAAGCUAAACACUGUCCUCAGUGGGGAAGGUUCUUUUCCUUCAUGGGAGAGCAUUGCCCGGUUAAGUGUGUUACCGUGUCUAACAUCUUCUGGAGCCUUUGCAGUGUUCAGAACAGGAUAAUUUUGUAAGGAGGAUAAUAGCUGGUUCUAAGAAGACACCGUUACGUGAGAGAGGUUCUAGGAGUCUAAUGGAUGCCUUAAAUAAAAUGUAGACUUACAUAAACUGUGCCCUGAUGACUAAAACCCAGGAAAAUGGUUGAUGCCACUACAUGUCCUAGUUUAUAAGAGGCGCAGCAUGCAGUAGAAAAUGUUUUAGAAUAGUGGUGCAGUAGGCAUGUUUAAACAUUUUUUGUCUUCAUUUUGUAUGUUCGUGUGGUUUAACAUCACCUCACUGGAAUUCAUUAGUGUGAUUAUGAACCUACACAUGGUGUUUGAAUCCCCUUACUGCAGUAUACACACUCUUCAUCUGUACUCCGCUUCUGUUGUAGCAAGGAAAGAAUGAUUCCUCAUGUCGAAUUCUCAGUUGGUCAUGAGCUUAUUGAAUCCAGUAUCGGUAUUUUAAAAAGAGCAACAAAAGAUACAUCUCCCUUCUCUGAUAUAGGUAAUAAGACAUUUUAUGUUCCUCAUGCUCAGGAGAGAGUGUCAGAAAAUCAAUAUGAAUAAAUUCAAGUACACAGAGGAUUCAGCCUCUUCAAAAAUGUGUGUAGCAGAAUGACGGUAUGCAUUAUUAAAUGUUUUUUGCUUCACUCACAUGUAGAUAUUAGCAUGAAGAAAAGGUGCCAUGGGUUACUUAAGAAUUUAGGCAGAAGGCGAUUUGCUGGCUUUUUUGUUUUUUCCGUUCUUUGUUGUUGUUGUUUAGUGUCUCAAGGCUUACAGCUAAUCUGAAUUUGAAACUAAAUACUGUCAUUACAGAAGAUUUUUUUCUGAGUUCUUCCAAUUUCUCUGGGGACAAAAUAAUGGCUGCUUGAAGCAGUGGAGAAACAGUAAUUAGGGCAAAUAGUAAUACUGUGCAUGAUUGAGGAAAAUGUGAGGAAAGGAGGGAGAAAAUGCAACAGACAGACUUGUACAGCCUGUUACUAGGAAACCACAUCAGCAUUAAAUACAGUGUGCUAAUUGGCUAUCCUUUUUCUGCCUGGGUACCAGCCUGGGCCUGCUACACAGCUGUUUCUGCUCCUUCUGGUUGCUAGGUAACUGCAUCAAUUUUUUUCCUCCCUCUUUGUAUUCUGGAGGCUAAUUGGCUACUUCUGCUCCUGGUGUUGCUGCUGGGUACCAGUCUGGGCCUGCUGCUCUGCUGUUUUCCAAAGGGAUUUAAUGGGGGGAAGGGAGGAAAAAGGGAAAGGAAGAUAUGCUGGCAAUUAAUGGAGCAUAAGUGCAAAUUCUACACAGUGUCUGGCACCUGCGUCCCCUCAGCCUGCUUUCUCAACUAAAUCCUUUUGCUGUGAAAACACAUUAGAAUCUUGAAGUCUUUCUUCUGCUUACCUUUUGAAUAUCGUUUAAAAGAAACAAGACAUUUGAAGACUUAUUACUUCAAUGAUGGAUUGGAUCUUCUUAAGAAAGAACUGGCAAGUCAUUACACAUCUAUAGUUGAUACGGGCACUAAUAGAAUUUGCGCAAACGUGAACUUUCCUAACUUAGUAACAAAGCAGCAUCUUUAACAUCUUAAGGAGAGUGCCGCUUUAUCUCUUAAAUGGACCAAAUUUUUUAUAGACAUUCUUGAUAUAUCACACAGAGUAUAAAGUAAGAAAUCAAAUGGACUAAAAGCAACUAUAGGAUUUUCCCAACUGUUUUAUUCAUGAAGAAGGAGUAGAGAGAAGCUUCCAGACCCAUGACUUUCCAUUAUGGAUAUCAUUCGUCUGAUGUGUGCAGCACAUGUCCUAAGUGCUUUUUGCUGAUACAUUACAUCGACAUAGAAAUAAAUAUGUUUGCAUACCUUAUUUGUCUUUCCUUAUAGGAAACAAACAAAUGUGGUGCAAAGUAAACCUAGAGUCAGUUUUGUGAUUUUUUUUAAGUGUAAUUACUUUCCAUAUCAUUGCAUUUCCUGUCUAAGUAGAGGUUUCUAUUUCAUCAUUAUUGAAAUUCUCCCUGGAAGUGUGGGAAGGAAGAUUCUUCAGAAGUGAAGUGACGCUUCAAGGAGGUUUCACUUUAAAUGGUUGAGAAAGUGUAUGUAAAUUGAGGUCCCUUGAAGAGGCAACUUUGUCCCCCUGGGAAGGAGCUGUUUUAUUGAGAAAACUCAGAGCAUGUUGUGUGACUGUGCACAGAAAUAGUUAGCAAAGGCAACUCUUACUCGGCGCUAAUGGCUGGUACUGGCUUCCCAUAUUAAUGAGAUCUACCCUCCACUGUUGAAAGUGAAGCAGGAGAAGCUCUAUUCUGAGCAGCAACCUUGUCACUAGUAGAUCAGACCAGACUCUAUAGAAUCAUUUCUGCUCAAAUUAUCCUUAAAAUAGGUAGAAGGCCUCACACAAGGAUGAUGGAGAGAAGAGUGCAGUGUUUAUAGUUCUUAGGGCUUCCCCCACGGCUCAGCGGGUAAAGAAUCCACCUCCAGUGCAGCAGAUAUAGGAGAUGCGGGUUCGAUCCGUAGGUCAGGAGGAUCCCUGGAGGAGGGCAUGGCAACCCACUCCAGUAUUCUUACCUGAAGAAUUCUGUAGACAGAGGAGCCUGGAGGGCUGCAGUCCAUGGGGUCGCACAGAAUUGGACAUGACUAAAGCGGCGUAGAGCACACACACACACACACACCAACACACAUAAGAAUGCUUUGGGGGUUGAGGGAAGGAGAUAUUCCACAAAGCUAUUUCAAACUUUGCAUUCUCCUCAAUCACAAAACACCCCGGCUUUGCUAAUUCUCAUCUGCAUAACAGUAUUACUUCCUGUAUGAGGUGCAUCAGUUGACAGACCUGGAGAAGAGGAAUCCCAUGGCUGCUAGCCACCCCGCAGGGCUGCUGCUGUCCCAGAUCUUGCUUUUGUGUGAAUCAGAAAAAGGUGCCCUUCCGUGGAGCAGGUGCAACCUGUACUUGGGUGGCAGAGCUAGGGUCAGCCCCGCUCCACCCUUCAGCUGGACACCCGGUGCCCACUGCCUCACAUGGCUGCCUCCUCACCACAGGAGCUGAUCCACUUGGCCGGCCUUCCCUAACCCUCCAUGAACUUGAGAAGUUAAUGAGGUUCCGGCAGGAACAUGAAAGUCCCAUGACUGUUCAAGGGUGGAUAUUGGGACCUUCUCUUCAGUGGUUUGCUUCCAAGGUGGUGCAGUGUGGUAAAGGAUCUGCCCGCAAUGAAGGAGACACAAGAGAGGCAGGUUCCAUCCCUGGGUCGGGAAGAUCCCCUGAAGUAGAAAAUGGCAACCCACUCCAGUAGCCUUGGCCUGAGCCUGGUGGGCUACAGUCCAAGGGGUCUCAAAGAGUCAGACACAACUGAGCACGUAGGAAACUCAGUGGCGAAAGAGGCCGGCCGUAUGUGUGAGAGCAAACCUUUCAGCCCAGCCACUAGCCCCAAAUAUGAGAUCAUUAGUUACCUAAUGUUGUGAUUCUCAACUUGGGCCCAUUUCCUCCCCUCCUGGGGACAUUGGAUGAUGUCUGGAGAUACUUUGGAUUUUCACAUCUUUGAGGAGGAGGUGGUUGCUACUGGCUUCUGGUAGGUGGAGGGCAGGGAUGCUGGUCAGUCCACUACACAGUGCAAUUCAGUGCCCAGGACAGCUUCCACAGCAGACCCUCGCUGGGCCCCAAGUGUCCACAGGGCCGAGAUUGAGAAACCCUGGCCUCGUGCAACUUUAGCUGGCUUUCGCUUCUUCUCUUUGGGCUCCUCUGCACCACUUGCAAAAUAUUUCUUCAUCCUUUUAAGGUUACUGACCAGGUCUUGCCUUCCCUUUUGUGCUUUUUUUUUUUUUUUUUUUUUUUGAUGUGGACCUUUUUUUAAAGUCUUUAUUGAAUUUGUUAAAAUAUUGCUUCUGUUUUUUUUUUUUUGGUUUUUCGGCCGAGAGGCAUGUGUGAUCUUAGCUCCCCAACCAGGGAUCGAAUUUGCACCCCCUGCAUUGGAAGGCGAAGCCCCGAACCACUGGUCUGUCAGGGAAGUCCCCCUUUUGUGCUCUUUUAAAAAUCGACGAAAUAUGUCUAUUGUAUAAUUAUUUCUUUUGGGUCUUAGAAGAUGGGCUGUCCCCCCACUCCCCUUACAAUAUGAGGGAAGUCUCUCCACCUCUACCCAAUGCUUAACUUCCUUGAAUUAACAUUCAUUAUUGUAGCUGCUCACAGGCAACAUCCCCUCCCUUCUUGCUGAAGGCUUCUGACCUGUAAUAAUUUGAGAUUUUGCUGAGGCAGGGGUUUAAAUCACAUGGGCUGCUGGUCUGGUAGGUGGAGGAGAGGCUUUUAGCCAGGAAAUGGGUCCAUCUGACCAGGCACUAACGAUCCUUCUCUACCCGUCCUCUCAUGUACAGCAGUCUCGCCCAACUGUAACAAUUGCUUCCUUAUUGUCAAAGAGAAGGUUGAUUGUUAGGGCAGAAAUAAAGCUGAGAAUAAAUAUUUUUAGUCAGAAAGUAGACCAGAAUUUUACUGGGAAAAAUUGAUGUGUGCGCUCUCAGUGCAUUUCCUGUCGUUCACUGUUGGGUUCACACCAGUACCGUGAGGCAUUUUGAGUUCUCAAGGAGAAAGGUGCUACCUGAGGUAAAAGGAUUUUAAGUGGCAUUAUCUAAUGGACACAUACUUCAGGCUUGCAUUUUGUCAGGAGAUGUGAAUUAUGCAUUGGCCCUUUCAGCUGCAUUCACAUGCAUAGAAAAUAACAUUGUCAGACGUGUCAUCCCCAGAUACAAUGGACAAUAUGCUAUUAUAAUUGUGUGGCAUUGUCCUUGCUGUUUGGAGAUAAUACUGCUGACAUUAUUCCUCUCAUACAUGUGAAUGUGGCUGUAGGGAGGACGUGACAUCUGUGUCUUUCACACAGAUUAGCUUAUCCCUUGCCACUUGGAGGGACUGCGAUUAGUGAGCUAGCCUCCUGGGGUCAUGGUGAGUGCCAUGUUUUGGAUCACAGUUGUUAUCGGACCUUAGUUUUAGGUUCAGUAGGGAAUUAGUAAGAUUUAUCUUGAUGACCUGAAGAGGCAGGGUUAUUUAGUCAGCUCCCCAGAGCAGAUGUGCUAAAGAAAGGGUAGGCUGAGACAUUCCUACUCAGAUUGGAAAUGAUGAAGGCAGGUGGGGACCAAGCCUGGGAAUGGUUGCCUGCGCUUGAUUGCUUUAUCCAAGGAAGUGAGCGGGAAGAUAUCACACUGAUGGUCGCAGCUCACCAAGUGCUUUCACUUACCUCAUUUUAUUUAACCCUCAUUCACCUGUGAGGUGUUCGCAUUCCCAUUUUAUAGAUGAGGAAACUGUGGCUCUGAGAAUGAUUUUUCAAAGAUUUCUGUGAUGAAGCCUAGUGCGUACCCCAUUCUAUUUGUCCUUUGGAAAUCAGGUUUUUUGUGGGGCUAGAGGGAAGGGACUAAAUUCAGACAGAAUAUAAAUGAGUUUAGUUGUUUAGCAAAGUAAAUGGCCUAAUACUUACCAUCCUUCUUGUCUCACACAUAUGAGAGAUGAGUUGUUAUCUUGGAUCCAAUAUGACAAAGUUAGAAUAGUUAAGAAAACUGAAUGAUUGUCUCAUCUAGUCCUAUAUUCGGUCUUGAUUGAACUUAACGAUCUUUGAUCUUGGUUUUUGGGUGUUUUUUUUUUUUUUUUCUAUUUUAAGAAAUAAAGCUAGUUUUGAAGAACCCAACAAAUGCAAGGCAUUGAUUCUCGAGAUGAUAGCCCAGUGCUAAUACACUUACAUAUUUAAGAAAAGUUGAGGAGAGAAAUAAAUCAUAAAUAGGAACUUCUCUCCAAUCCCUUAAAAGAAUGCACCUUAGCAGUCCUCUUUCCUUAACUAAGCUGGAAAAUCCAAGUGGAGGUGCCUUAGAGAAGAGGUGGGAGAGGCUAUGGAUGGAUAGACCUUGGUGUGUAGGUUGCACGUUGCUGUCUUAAGCAUACCAGGGCUUUGGGGAGUUUGAACAAAUAAUUUGUGCUCUCAUUUUUAUUUGUAUGAUCCUCGUGGAGUUAAAAAUAAUUCUGUUUAUCUAUUUUUUUUUUGGCCACACUUUUUGGAGGAUGUUUAUGGAUGUGUAAAAUAUCUUAAGGAGAAAAACACGUGGUCGAUACAGAAAUUAGAAAUCCUCUAGUUAGCAGAGAUCCCAACGCAGGUGAAGAUUCUGCUGCGGUGUGCAACGAUCUUCCCUCUGUAUUCAGGAGAGCAUGUGGUGGAAAAGAAUAGCUGCUCUCUAGCAUUCUGCCUUAAGGAUCUACAGGAACCUCCGAGUGACAGGCACUUGCAUUGUCUUCUGGAGAUCUGAAGAAUGAAAUGGUUUCAACACUGAAAGACAAAUUCCUGGAAGGUGGAGGGAACAGCACACGUGACCCCAGAGGGCUCUGCUUUUAGCAGAUUGUUUGCCUGUGGAUUUUCCUUUGUCUGACACUGGGUUCCUGUGCAUCUUUAUAUUUUCAGAUUUAUUUCCCCCUUCUAUUUAUUCUACCUGCCAAAGAAUUAACCUAAUAAAUCAUUAGAACUGGCAGGGCCCUCAUCCUCACUUAAUAUGCGUUUCUUGCUUACUUAGAAUUUGCUGCUAAGCAUUAGAAUGCUUUCUAACCCAUGUGUGUUUUUCCACUCCCCCACAGUCAGAUCUUGAAUUUUUUUGUGUGAUUUUCCUUGGUGUCCAUCUUCUCCCCAAAGAAUGUUAAAUAAGCAGUGACAGGAACUGGAAAUAAUCCUUUCAACUGAGGAAAACCUUUCAUGCAUCCUUCCCACUUGCUGUCAUUGCACAAGUUAGAAGAACCAUGGGCACCAAGUUUGCAGGAUCAAUUACAACGAGCUCACUGUUAAACAUUUUUUUUUUCUAAAUCUGUUGUGAGAAGAAUAAAGCAAUAAUUAAAAUUAACUGAACAGCUUUUGCUCUAUUGAGGCGUUAAACCUUUGUGUAAACACAGUCAUAUUGUGCAAACAUGGGUCUUUUCACUUGGCUGAUUUAGACAGUGAAACCACUGAAGUUUUGAGGUCUCUGGGUCAAGGGCCCAUUUUGACACGGUUUGAAAGGUCACCUGCUCAUUUGUGUCUCCGCUGUGCUGCACGCACAGGGCCAGGAGCGGGUCUGAUUCCUUUCCCCC